AUGAAGUGGCAGCUGCAGAAGGGUCGAAACAUCAUCCGCGGCUCGAAAACCCAAGUAGCCUACAACUUGCUCGUAUCGCUGACACUGAUUAGCAUCUACGGUCUGUUGCUGUCUAACCGGCCGAAAAACUUCCACGACGACCACCUCGUGUUCAACCGGGUAUUCGACGUGAUCCACACGACGCUGGCCGUGAGCGCCGCCUGCUUCAUUCUGCUCGUGUUCUCUCGGCGACGCUCGCGAGUCGCGAGUCUGGCCGGUAAGCUCGGCGAGCUCGUCGUUCCGGACGACGAGCUCGCGAGAGACGCGAAGAUCCUGACGUCGAUCCCCUGCUCGACGCUGCUGGCCAACGUGCUGACCACGAGGCCCGGCGCCGAUUACAAGGUGGUCCUUUACUUCGGUCUGCUUUACUCGUGCAACUUGGUCGUCACUUGCGCCCUGCUGCAGUACAGCCUGACCCUGCGAGCGAUACGGCGAGUUCUGCUGCGGGUGAAUCGCGAUCUCGAGGCCGCGUCGGAGUCGAGCGCGUGGUCCGCGGCGCCGGUCCGCCGCGACCUGUCCGCCAAGCUGUCCAAGAGCCGCCAGCGCUGCUCGGACGCCUGCGAGCUCGCCAAACAGCUCGGCGAGUUCUACUCGCUGCCCAUGCUCUUUUGCAUCACCUACAUAUUCGUGACGCUGAUCUUUUUCGCCCACUUUAUCGUGAGGCCGUUCGUGAUGGACGAGGCUUCUCUGACCGAUUUCAAAUUGUUCCACCUGUCGCUGAGAAUCCUCCAUUACGUGGUCGUGCUGAUCUUGCUCACGAAAUCGGCGUCGUUGCUCGUGAAAACGAAGAAGACUACGAGCGCGAUCGUGAACAAGUCGCUAGAACACUUCGAAGAGAACAUCAACAAUCAUCAGAUAGUGCUGAAGUUGCAUCAUUUUUCCAAUCAACUUCUCGGCGACGACAUCGACUUUUCCGUCUGGGGCUUGUUUCGGCUGGACGAGUCUCUACUGAUGUCGAUGAUCGGCGCCAUCACCAACUACCUCGUGAUAUUUUUGCAAUUCCAAAGGAACAAAUGAAAUCGAUCGAAAAAGAAGUUUCGGCGAGAGCAUAUCUAGACGCUUAAUCGCUGCUCCGAUAAUGGCCGUUUAAUUGCUAGUGUCUGGCUCGGCGGAUGCGUUGAUACGCUCGCAAUCGAUCGGCGCAAUUACGAGGGGCGCUCGAUCUUUGAGAGUCAACGAGUCGCCAACGGACAAACGGGCAAAAUGUCGCCGAGCAGGAAGACGCGCCUGAGCUGCAAAAUUUUCCUGCGCGUGAUCCUGUACUACAUGAAGAUCUUCG